AGCAGCCACAAGCUCAGACGAGAUAGGUCAUCCCUGAAGCCAUCUGAAGCCAUGUACCGCCUGCUGUUUGCUUCCUCGGUAGCCUUGGCCCAUGCUCAAAGUGACGAUGGCUUCGACGAGACCAUUGUCUACAUGGUGGUUGCUGGCCUGGUGUGUGUGGCACUUUUGCUGGGCUGCAUGUACCAGGUGAACAAGCAGGCAUUUCAGAAGGGCCCGCGCGGGAAGCCGGUGGUGCCCGAGGGCCGCGACCCCAAGGACUUCGCCCUGGAGGAGCUGGACACCGCCUUCGCGGCGAGGGACGCCGCGCGCUACGCCGGGGCCUUGGAGUUGGCCUUGGAGGUGAAGGCUGAUCCAGCGAAGAUCCCUUGUGUUUACAGCGUUCACAAGCAGCUCGAGACUUUCAAGAUUCCCGUUGUGAAGAGGGAGCCCGCGGUCAUCACGGCGCAGUUGUGCUUUAUCUUGGACUACACGGGAAGCAUGAAAGAGCAGAUCAACCAGGCGGAGUCCAGCUGCAGGAAGAUCGUGGAUGCCGUCAAGGGGAUGGCCUUCGACCAUAUGCCAGGUGCAACCGUGGAUCUGGAGAUGGCUGCCAUUGGGUACAAUGACUGGGAUGAGGAAACCGCGAAAAGGAACCGGCCUGUGGUCUUUGCCUAUGGUGGCAGUGAGAUCAAGAAGAAGCAUGAUCCGGAGAUCAGCCUCACAGAGUUCAACCUGGGAGGGAAGUUUACCAAAGACACGGAUGACAUGAUGAAGUGGAUCAAGCAGCCACUGGGUCAUGGAGGCAAAAUUCCGGAGGAGCUUACGGGUGCCUUGCUGGCUGCCACCCACCUGCCCUGGACCGCCAAAGAGCGCUUGGUCGUGGUGAUCACCGACGCGCCCUGCCAUGGCAAGGACUACAGCGCCGCAGCCCACGACGAUUUCUGCGACCAAGACACCGGGCUCACGUGCACGGGCAAGCCGGAAGUGCCAUUGCUGAAGCUGAAGGAGCAGAAUGUACAGGUGGUGAUUCUGCACACCGGAGAGUCACAUGCAGUAAAGAUGUGCCAAAAGCUGAAGCAGACAUCAGAGGCCCUGAUUUCUGAGAAGGUGCAGCCGUCGCAGACGGCGGAUCGCCUGGUGGGUGUCAUCAGCCAGAAGCUCGAGCUGAGUCCCUUGACCUACUUCCUGAAGCCCUUUACCGGCAAGCUGGGAGAGGCAGCUGGCCAUACCGUGGAGUUGAAGGCUGACGACUCCAAGGUCCAGCUGGGUCGAGAUGGCUUGCUGUGGUUGGGGAAGCCAUCUGCCACCCCCAAGGUGGUCCUCACCCGUCCCGCAGAUGCCGGCUUGGAUGAGUGGUGGGAAGUGCAGACAGCGGAGCAGGAGCUGUCGCGCAGCUUUGAUGCGGAUGAAUCCUAUGUGCUCAAGAUGGCCUGCAAAACGCGCGAGGACACAAACCGUGGGGCAGACGCAGUUUGAGAAAUCCUGUGUUCUGCGACACAUGUACACGUAUUUUGAUCAAUUUUUACUUUGACCACUGACCAUGGUGCCCAAACGGCCGCCAUUUGCUUGCAUAAGUGCACAACGCUACCUGCUAAAGCAGGCAAGGACUGAGAACUGAGAGAGCGUGUGCAGGUGCCAGAACAC